AUGAUAGCUGCAAACGGAGACUGGAAGGGGGAACUGUUGAAUAGACUACAUUCAUUGCACAGCAAUGUCGUAAGCCGCGGAGACGAAUUACUUGACUACGCUUCGUCCGUUGAUUUGUCGACGACAACCUCUGGGACAGAGUCCUGGCGAGAUGAAUGGAGUCAAUUCACAGCCAUUGGUUCAUGGCCUGAGUGGCCCUUCUAUCAACAAGCCAUGUUUGACGCAUUCAACGAUGGAGUCAAAGGGGCAAAGAGUGUUGGAUAUUGGAUAUGGCUUACCAUUCAGCCUUUGGUGUAUUCUCUUGCCUACAUCUUUGGCAGACUGGCUCAAACCUUAUUGGGUACAUUCCUUCCCAAAAUCCAAUACGGUGCCGUUGAAAUAUGUAGAUUUCAUUUGCACCUUACGUGGUACCAAGCUAUGGGGGAGAUAGCAUUAGUUGUCUUGGGGGUUGCAACUUGGAAGCUUGUACGCUACCUGCGACGGCAACAAUAUCUGAGAAGAUCGCAAAGAUUCAUCCGACGAACAAGUCAACGGAUUACAAAGUCUAUUCAAGGCGCCUACCGGGAAGUUGCCGACGCAUCCCUGUUGUUGGCCAUGUCGCUUCCACAUGCAGCCUAUUUUGGGGUUGCGAUAUGCAUUCGCUUGGCGUUUCCUGCCUGGGUGAACAGACUGUGUAUGGGUCGGACCGCUCCAAAUAUUUUGAAGUGGUACUAUCCAAUAUUUUCUUCAAUUGCUGUUCUGCGUCACACACGUCCGAAGAAGGCAGUGGACAGAACUGCUGGUAGUGAAAACAAGAGAGAGAAUAAUAAAGAUCGAAAGGGUUUGUCGUCGAAAGAGAAAGAUGACAAAAAGACCAAGACAAAGAAGAACAGACGCAGACGAAGCAGCAUCGGCAGCAUAGACAGUCUGUUACGUCGGAACAACGAAGGGGCACAAGCUGGAGGCAAUGAAUAUACAGAACAAGACAUCAAAGAGGAUGUUAACUACUGGCUACACUUCUGGCUUCUCUAUUCAACCCUUGAAGCCACCUACGCCCUUGCCACUCGAGUCAUGUUUAUAAGGACGAUUUUGGCUUCCAAGAAUGUUUACGCCAUCAGCUGCGAACUCGAGUUGCUCUUCUAUAUGUGGAUCUUCAUUAUGCCGGAAAUGUUAAUCAUACUAUUCCCGAGUGCCGGAGAGGAAAAUCGUCGCGAUUGGUCACCCACGAAACAAUGGUGCUACGAGUGUGCCCUGGAUCCUGUUCUGGCCAUUCCAUCCGCAUUGAAACCUACAAUCAUUCCCUUCUUCGAAAAAGUGUCACACGCUGUUUCUUCUGAAGACUGGAAGCGACUUGUAGUGGACAAAGUUCAAUAUCUCCUCGGAGGUGCUGUCAUGCUCCGCAUGAUCUCGGAAGAAACAAGGGACACUCUUGUGGCUUGUUUGCAGGACUUCUCCACUCUUGUGCUUCCUGCAUUGACGCUGCUGACACCUGGUUUCAUCACCCAAUACGGGGUCUGGUAUGUGCAAUUCAUUGUGCCGCAGGCGCACUCAUUGAAAGCUCUCAACCGAGGACAUCGGCAUGACCAAAAGCGGGUGCUCUAUCUAAAAUUUUGGGUGUUGCAUGGCUUCGUUGCUGGUCUCAUGGGUCGAUUUACAUCGUUUUUGUGGUGGCUCCCACUCUUCACCCACUUUACGUUUGUCACCUGGUGUGUCUUGGUAUUACCCCGGUGUAUAAACGCAGUCUACGCCGAAUUUGACCGAGAGCUACAAGCAUUUGGUCUUCUCCCACGGGUGGAAGGUGAUGCUUUGGCAGUCGAGGACACACAUACAGUUCGUGCAUUUUCGAUCCUCUUGAAAAGUCUGCCUAGUGCAGAUGAUACCGACCCGAACAACAAACUCGCCGAUUCCGAGGGAGCUGGUGCAGCUGCUGGUGCCGAGAAGGACGUUGGUGACAACGGCGUCGACGCCCGUGAGGUUGACCCGGACCAAAAAAACAGAACUGACGCGAAGGGCGGCGAGAAGGUGGCGGAAGAUGGUAGCGUUAUAGCCGACAAGAAGCACGAUGUAGCGCAGGGAGAAACUCAUGGUGACGAGAAGAAGCCUGAAAAAGAAGUUCGAGACACAAACAGCAAGGGCGAAGCAGACACCAAGGUCAAUGCUCCUGAGGAGGAGGACUGCACGGGAGAAACAGUGACUGAAGUGGAGGAGAACAAAAAGGAAGACUUGUCUGAAAGCUUAGAUGUCAAAGACGAGACUUUCGGCCGCAAGGCGGAUAAGGAAAAUCAGGUUCUCUCAUCUGCGACGACAAAGAGUACAUCGAAGAAGAAUGAUUCGGUUGGUAACAAUGAUAGCAGCAAAACGGCAGAACAGACAGCACAGGGAAAGAAAGAGAGUGUACGGCGCUCGACCCGUACAAAGAGACGGCCAGCGUAA